CGUCAACCUUAUGUCACUUGUCUUCCACCACCCCGCACACUCAUUUUUCAUUCAGUUGCACAACAUUAGACCACUAUUUACCUUUAAAUUGAAACCAUUGUGAUAUUCGUCGUAGUUUUAGAGUAAUUUAGCGUAAGUAAACACGAAAAUGUCGUGCCCGUGGGGAAAAAUCGAAAAACCCGAACCCGUCAACCUGGACGAGAUAAUGUCAGAAGAAGUAGCCCGAGAUCUUCAAGCCAAAGAAGACAAAAAGUACGCCGAAAUGACGAAGUCGUCGUCGAAAGAAGAAGACGAGAUCCCCCCCGAAGUCCUCGAUGCCAUUUCACAGGAUGCCACGUGCCAAUCCGACGAGAUGAUCGCCAGAAUGCUGCAGAUGCAAUUCGACAAAGAGUACGACGAAAACUUGAAAAGGACCGAGAAGAAGUACAACGGGGCGUCGAAGGUUUCGGUGUCGUUCGAGAAUUACAGGAGGGUUCCACAUAAUUUUGACUUUGAAAGCGAGUCCGAAGAGGACGAAAUUCCAGAUAUUCGCGACCGUCGCGACUGGGACCGCUUUGACACCCUCAAGAGACAAGUUGACUCCAUCCCCCCUUGUGGCUACAAAAUGGAGAACGGCAGCAUGGUCACCAAGCACGACGUGACCAUGAACGGCCGCAAGAACGCCUGCAAGCUCCUGUCCUUCCCGCCGGACUUCCAAACCGGCGACGGGGAGAACUUCGACCUCAAGCUAUCCAACAAAGUCUUCAACAGCUUGAAGUUGCACUCGAAGCACGAAGAAGCGCGCCGACAUAAAGUCUUUUUUUAAAAAUGUAAAACCUUCUCGGGGUUCC